ACACAGAAUAGUUAGAAAAGGAGAAACUAUCCAGAAGAGAAUGGCCAGAUGUGUUCAAGAUGACUAAAAUACACAAGCAGAUAACUAUGUUGUAUGGCUCUGGCUUCUCCGGUGACAGUCGCGGCCUUUCCUGCUCCUCCUGCUGCUGCUGCUCCUGCUGCUGCUCCGACAAACUCUGCUUCACGUUUCACCUCCACAAACCAAAGCACUACAGAGCAGGAUCUUCCUCCUCAGAGACCGCUGUUGUCUGGACCUGCAUCCUCCAUCAUCAGCAGUCACCCACUUUGCUGCAUGUUGCCAGGUGCCAUGCUGCCCGCAGGCCGCCGAUGAGAAAACAUGUCGUCUGACUUUUGCUCCAGAGAUGGACUGGUGGUGGAGAGGGGCUCCGUGCCCCUGGACAUCGACAACGUCCACAUGCUUCUGCAGGUGGAACAAGAGCAGAUCCAGAAGAGGACCUUCACAAACUGGGUCAACGCUCAGUUGGCAAAGCGGCGGCCACCAUGUCGCAUCGUGGAUCUCUUCAACGACUUCCGCGAUGGCUCCAUGUUGCUGGACCUGCUGGAGGUGAUGAGCAACCAACACAUCAGUCGUGAGAGAGGCAGAGGCGUGUUCCAGCACAGGAGCAACAUAGAGAAAGCCCUCGCCUUCCUGAAGAAGAAAUCGAUUAAACUCGUCAACAUAAACAUUCCUGACAUCAUUGAUGGCAGACCGUCCAUCAUCCUGGGCCUCAUAUGGACGAUCAUUCUACAGUAUCACAUCGAGGAGUUGGCCAGCAGCCUGUCCUUUGACUCACGUCAGUCCUCCAUGGAGUCUUUGGCCAGUCUGGACUCUCGCUCCACUCUGUCGAGCUGCCGCUCGGCCAGCAGCAGCCCACUUCCUCCCCGCGGCUCGCCGCUGCACGCGCGCUUCAGGGUUUCUGCCAAGAAGGCGCUCCUGCUCUGGGUCAGGGAGCAGUGUCACAGAGCCGGCUGUACCAUCAGCGUGAAAGACUUCAAAGCGAGCUGGAGGAGCGGUGUGGUCUUCCUCGCCAUCCUGUACGCUCUGAGGCCCGACCUGGUGGAUCUGUCCAAAGCCAGAACCAGGAGCAACAAGCAGAACCUGGAGGAAGCAUUUGGCAUCGCCGAGAGAGAGCUGAGGGUUCCCCGGCUGCUCGAGCCCGACGAUGUGGACGUGCGGGACCCCGAUGAGAAGUCCAUCAUGACCUACGUGGCUCAGUUCCUGCAGUACUCCAGAGAGCUGCCGCUGACGGAGGAAGAAAUGCAGACUCAGUAUCUGACGCCCGUGUGUCCUUCUCCUGUCAACCUGCCUGUUCACUACACUCCUGCUAUCUCUGCUUCUCCUCUGCGACAGGCAACGCCGGAUCGCAAGGCACAGGAAGUGACGUGCUGGCUGGUUCAGGCCUACGACGAGCUCCUGGAGGGAUGGGACUCCACCGAGGGAGAGAGCUACUCCGAGAGAUACCACGUCUUCCAGACGUUCCUCGUGUCCUUUAACGAGCAGCGACGUCCCAUCAUGCCUCUGCUGACGGCGAUGAGACGAAGCCCGAAACUGAGCGAGGAGCAGCGGGCUCUCAGAGAGGCCUGGGACGCGCUCACCGAGAAGCUUCGUGAGUACAGAAUCGAGUUGGACACGAGUCUUCCGGCGCCGCUGGACGCGGUGGCGCGCUGGCUGCUGAGAGCAGAGGGCGCUCUGUCGGAGGAGCAGGGUGACCCCCAGGACCACGGCCGCGCUGCUGACGAAGCCCGGGAGAAACAGGAGCUGCUCAAGGUUUGCCUGGAGGAGAUGCCGCAGCAGCUCAAGACCUUUCAGUCCUUCCAGAACUUGGAUGAGUUUGGAAAUGUGAUUGUUCCCACUGACAAGAUAGACGAGCUGAAAAGAAGAUUCACCGGCGUGAGAGUCACCGCCAAGUACCACGGGGUCAAGCUGGAGUACCGGGAGCAGCGGCACACAGUUCUGGAUCUGUUGGGGCAGAUCAGGACCAAGCUCCGUGUUUGGAAGAGGCCGUUCAUUUCUCCGGAGGCCGUCAGGGUGUUGCUACAGGAAUGGCAUGAGCUGGUGAACACACAGGAGCUCACGUCGCUGCUGGAAGCAGCUCUUCAUAAACUGAAACACAUUUCUGAGAAAUACUCCAGCAAAUCUGCGCUUGCUGCAGAUUAUCAGCACGUCAGUCAGCAGGUGAAGCAGCUGGAGGAGGACACUGCUGUGGUUCUGGAGGAGGUGACCGCCACCAAGAGCACCAUGGGCCGGGUGCUGUCGGCCUGGGACUCGUACAGCGACUGCCUCAGCUCCCUGCAGGCCUGGCUGGAGCAAAGCUCCGCCGCGGUGAUCCCCGGACACAGACCACCGGUGAGACCUGAGGCGAUGGCGGAGUGGGGCUCACGUCAGGCUCACCUGAACGAGGUGGGCAACUUCCUGGUCGAGUCGACCGACCCUCAGACCAGCAGGAGUCUGUCAGAGGAGCUGCGCAGGGUCAACAUGCACUGGGCCGACUUUGUCAAGAAAAACACAUUUGACAACGUGACGGAGCCCGGUGCUGAAGUCCAGACCAGACCUCAGGACCCGCAGACUCUGAUCCGAGAGGCCACUUUGAUCCUCAAGGAGCCUUUGGAGGCAACGGCAGGUCCUUUGCGCACAUACAGAAAAAGAUUACAGUUCAUCAUGAGGAAGCUAAGGGAAGUGGAUCUGGAAUUUCUCUCCUCAGAAUAUCCCGCAGAUCAGUUGCAGAAACUGAAGCUCACCAUACCUGAAGUGAUGUCGACCCUGUGUGAGGCAGAGCAGGUGUGUAUGGAGCUGCAGCACAGUGUCUCGGGUCUGGAAAGUCGCCUGGCUGAACUCCUGCACUGGGAGACAGAGGCCAGAGAGCUUUACCAGCUGCUGAGGGCGGCAGAGCGACAACAGCAUCAGCGGGGCCAGGAUCCACGAGCCAGGAUCUUGAUUUCCCGUGGUCUUCAGCUGGAGGGCCAGGUUGUGACGGAGGAGCAGGACUUGCAGGUGAUGGUAAUGACAAAUCAGAAGAGUUCUCCCAUCCAGUACCUCCGUGCCACCGGUAUUCAGGACAGAGUGCGAGCAGCUGUUGCACAGUCACAGGAAGCCGUUGGUAUGCUGAGCAGCCUGGGAGCUAGAAGAGACAGAAGCAGAAGCCCCCCAGAAGAAUCCCCUCCACCAAAAGUUUUUAUCCAGGCUCAAGAAAAACCUCAAAAUCUGAGACAGUUGGACGCCAGGCAGCCGACUCAGCAGCCUGAGUCAAAGUCAGUGUCUCAUCAACGCCACGGAACCUUUGUUCCCAAGAUAUUGGUGCAGGAAUACAGAGAGCAAACGACAACAUCUCCUCCAAUGCCGUAUUCCUAUGCAGACGCGGUGAAGCAAACAAGGACAAAGACGCCACCAGAGGUCCAGUUUCAGCCCUGGUCAAUGACUGCUGUGUCAAAACAACAGCAAACUCAGGAACCACAGCAGCAGCAGGUAGAAGAACAGCUCUACAGACAAGAUGAAAAAGAGUUACAGCAGAAACAAUUCAAGCAAAAGCAACAGCAAGAAGUGGAACAGCAGGAACCGAUGCCACCGCAGCCACAAGAAUGGCAGCAGAAGCAGGAACAAAAGUCGAUGCAGCAGCAGAUAGAGAUACAUCACUGUCAGGUUCUGCAGGGAAAAGAGUUGCCUGAGCCUGGAAAACAGCCUUCACUCCAACAGCCAGCUGUCGAGAACCUUGCUUCAACCUCCAAUGAGCUUCAAAGCAGAAAAGCUCGGGCCAUGAAAAACCGGCCUUGGCUUCAGAAACCAGUCUCAGAAGACCAAAAAAUCUCAGCUCCACAUCCGGAAGAGGAAUCUGCUCAGAACCUUAUUCAAGCUACACAAAUACAGCCAGAUGUAGAGAUGGGAAGGGUAUCUGUUCAAGUUGUACAUCAGCAUACUGGAGAUCUUGAGCCUCAGCCACAAUCGAAGGCCAAGGCAACUAAGCAGCUACAGCAAAAGCAAAAGGAGCAACAAUGGCAAACACAGCAAUCUCAAAAUCAGCAACAAAAGGAACGACAUCCAGACCGAAAGGAGCAGCAGGAGCAAUUACCACGACCAGAAAAGCAGCCCAAGCAACCAGAGCAAUUUCAACAGGAACAACUAAAACAAGUACCAUCACAUUCUAUUCCUAGACAGACACAACCAGAUUCAGAUGCCAAGGUUAAAACCCAGAGUGUAACUGUGACUCAACCUCUCCCACAAACUCAGGCACAACUCCAAACCAUGGUUCAGUCAGCAUCUCAGACAACUGUAUCCCACACUAUCACAAACACCCAGCAAUCAUCAAAGACCAUGUCACAAACUAGCCAAGGUGAGUCGCAGGCACAAGACCUUCCACCGGCCCAUGGCCCCAUGAAGACACAGUUAUCGACCCAGCCACAAACACAUCUCCAAGGUCAGGCUCAGCCCCAGGGUCUUGCCCAUGGUCCAGCUAUAGCUCAAGUGCAAACAUGGGCUCAAAUUAGACCCUCUUCACCAAUGCAGGCUCCACUACAGGGCAAAAUUCAGCCUCCUGUGCCAUCCCAUAUCCAGCUGCGUAGUCAUCCACAGUCAUGGGCCCCUGUCAGGUCCCCCUCCCCUAAGCCACCUACACAGGCCCAGCAACAAGCCCAUGGUCAAGCAGUCGUUGAUCCUCAAAUCCAUGCCAAGUCUAUGGUCCAAGCUAAAACUCAUCCUCAAACAAUGGCCCACUCAGAAAACCUUGCCCAAUCAAUGACUCAGGUUCAAUCUCUUCAACAGUCCAUAGCCCGUCCUCAGACUGAUCCUCAGUCCAUGGCUCAACUUCAAACCCAUACUCAGUCCAUGGCUCGUCCUCAGACCAAUCCUCAGUCCAUGGGUCAACUUCAAACCCAUCCUCAGUCCAUGGCUUGUCCUCAGACCCGUCCUCAGCCCAUGGCUCAACCCCAAACCCAUCCUCAGCCCAUGGCUCCACCUCAAACUCAUCCUCAGCCCAUGGCUCCACCU